AUGUUUGUAUCUGGAGAAACCAUCAAUGAUUCGCCCAAACUCUGUUCGAACUCUGAUACCGACGAUGGCUGUGUUACACUUCAUGGUGUUGUUGGGCCUGAAUCGACGUCCAACACCGACGCCGUGAUUUCCAAUGAUGAAUCUCUUCAGCUCGACGAUCAGGCCACGCCCAAGGAUGUGCUUUCAAGGCACGAUGCUCCCGUGCACACUCUCCAAGAGCGCCAGGCCACGACUAUCAAGAUUUACAUUUCGACCACUGCUUCAAAUGUCCCUGCAGCCGAGCCCACUGUUCAGCCCGAGUCUGUUGUACCUGAUGGAUCCAGCCCUGAGCUCGACCACUCGGGCUCUCCGGUCACACAUGUCUCAACUAGUUCUGAAGAUGCCCCCAAUCACAAUGAGGGCACGACCAUCAGGAUCUCCUUGAGCGGUACCCCCACAAUCAAUACUGUCGAGAACACUGGGGUUCCUACAACCCAGAAGACUUCCAAAUCUCCCAUCUUUGUCACUGGUGGCCGACCUACAUCCAAGGAUUCGAACGGUGAAGUCUCUCGCACUAGAAGAUCGGACACCUUGCCUCACGCCACGAGCAAUGGCGACUCUGCUCGAUCCACCCACGAUGGACCUUCCAGCGCUGAGAAUCCUGUCAGCACUGCCAGUGUGGAUGGUCAGGACAUCUCCAGCACUGUUUUGUCUGGUCAGAGUGUCCGUGACAGUGGCAAAGUAUCUCCCCCUGCCACCAAUAUCGGAACAACAUUGAGUGACACUGCAUCGCUCGGCCAAGCGUCUCCCGUUGUUGUCGAAGCGCCUCCAACAGCCCCAAGCAUGAGUAAUGUCAUGCCCAUCCCGAAUGUUCCCUCCGUCAGCACGAUGCCGAGCCAGACGCCGCCGCCCCUGUCUGAUGACCCCGAUGCUCUCUUCUUCCCAUACCCGCCCGAGAACUUCGACUCGAAGACAUGGACUUGGCCUAUCACUGCCACAACCACCGAGUCCGACGGUUCCUUCCGUACGUCGAUUAUUACUUGGAUCUCGACCGACGUCACUCGUACUGCUACGGUCGAUGGCAUCGUCAUACCCACGUCUCGUCCAGGAUGGACCUGCAGCCCCAAGUACUGGUGCUACAACCUCUGCUGGAAAUGGGACCUGCUUUAUACUGAGUUUGACGGGCCGCUAAUCCCCGAGCGUUCCGGGUUCCCUCCUGUCAUCAUGCCCUCGCCGCCUGCUGAUAUUGACUCUGGGACCCGAACCAGUGCUUUUCUCAUGACUUCUACUCUUCUUCCUUCUCCGUCUGGCUCGGACGGCUCUGAUGGCCAGGGGCAAGAGGAUGGUGAAGAUGACCAAGAAGAUAAUGAUGACAGUGAUGACAACGAUGGAGGAGACGACGACGACGACGACGACGACGAUGAUGAUGAUGAUGGUAAAGGCAAGGGAGGCAAGGGCGGCAAAGGCGGUGGUAGCAAUGGCGGAGGUGGCGGCACCAUCGGGGGCAUCGAUCCCGACAUCGACGGUAUUCUUGGCGGUACUAACGGCGGUACUACCAACGAUAACAACAACGACCAAGACAACGACAAAGACCAUGACCGCGAUGAUGACGACGACGAUGAUGAUGACGACGACGAGGACGAAGCCACCUGCACCGUCACUUACACCGUCGCCCCUCACUGCUCGCAGUUCUGCACUGUGAAACCCAUUACGCGCUCGGGCACCAUCCAGACCGAGGCUCUCACGACCAGCUGCUUCACUGCCGCCUGCGAGACCAAGAGGCUCUGUUCCAAGCCACCGACGAAGACUGCGACGACCUACGCCACUGCUACGCCCACGUCCACGGAACCGCCACACCUCUGCGAACCAGGCCGUUGCGGCUUCCCCGGCGGUGCCUGUCUGCCCGGUACCACCGAUCCCGAUUCGGCAGCCGAGAAGCACAUUAUCCAAGCUCGACGUACUGGAGAUGGAGAUGCCAUUCUCACCGAAGACGUCAGUUCUCCCGAGACUUGGCCAGACGGCGCGGCCGACUGGUGGAAGAAGGCAUGGCGCAUCGUCGCCGACUAUGGUGCUGGCGAUGGCGGCGACUUUUACGUUAGCGACCCUGAUUGGAGGUUCGUUCCCGGUGCCUCGGCCAGCAUGUUUGUCGCUUUCGAUGAACCGCCUCGCUUGUUCGGCGGCACUCCCAUGCCCGGUAUCGGGGGCGGCUCUGGGCCAGUAUGGGGCUGCACCAUGAUCGUAGUGGCGAGCCGAAAGGGUGUCUACACGAACCAUAUCUGGCAAUCCCCCAAUCUGCACUACAAUGAUGAGCGGGACCGCGAACAGUAUCCCAUGGGUCCCGAAGCUCUUUUCAGGGAGCGCGUCACCGACUUUUUGGCCCGGGGAGCCACGGGCGACGACGCCCAGGUCGACUGGUACCCCGGGCUGUGGGGGCUGAUGGGAGACGGCAAGCCUCUAGAUCCCGAGGCCGCCGGCUUCAUAGGGGCCUGGAUCAUCACCUCGGCAGAUCCAUGGGGCAACGUUUACUCUCCAUGGGAAAUCGAAGAGAUUCAACGACAGAUGGAGACGGAGGGCGGCGUGCCGUUCGACAUGAUCCACGUCACACCGUACAGACCAAACUCCCAAGUCGGUCGAGACUGGGAGGAGUUUGUCGAUGAACGAGACGAUUCCAAUGCCGAUAACUUCCGGACCGAGUGGUAUGACGGCCUCCUCGUGUGGCAAUAUGGCCCAGGAAGCGAGAACCAGUCGCAACGGUUGGUCAUUCGCUUCCGCAACGAGGUCCUCGCGUCCAUGGCGUGGUGUCGUAAUCGACAACCGGGUUCGACACAAAGUUCGGUGACACAAAGUUCGGUGACACAGAGUUUGGCGACACAGAGUUUGGCGACACAUAGUCUGGCAGCACGACAGACUGAAGGCGUGCAAGAUUUCGACGUCACGAUCCCCGGAUUCGAGCCUCGUGAAGAUGGCACGUGUGUUAGGUCAAGGUGCAGCCCAAGUCACUGCAGCAGCUGUUCGGACGUCAAGGCUGAGCCUGCGGAGAACCCAUCAGAAGACAGCGCCACGAAUAAAUUCGCUCGCCGACAGAGCCCUGGUACAGCAGAUGUCAUCCUGGCCAACCGGCCGACCGAUCCUGAGACGUGGAAGAAUGGCGAGGCCCGGCUGGAGUGGUGGAUGAAGACCUUCCAGCUCACGUUCGAGAAUGGGCCCAAGAUUGACUACACGGCUGGAAUGAAGGAGUUUUCUACAACAACAAUUGAUCAUUUUGGCGAAACGAAUUUGGAUGGAGAACCGGUUGAUGAACCCAAGGGCGGCGGCGUCGGUCCUAUUCGCGGCUGCACCUCCGUCGUCGUGGCGUCUCCAAGGGGCAUCUUCACCAGCCACAUGUGGCAAAUCCCCAGCUUCGCCUUUGAAGAAUACGCAAACGAAUACGACAUGCCCCAAAGCUUCUACUUUGAAAAGUACAUUCGCGACGUCUUGCUUCAGGGCUGGGACGGCGGUGACGAUGGUAGUGACGAACAAAUGGGUCUCUGUGACAGUGCCUUGGCCCGCGGUCAGCCUUUCCACUUUGAGUCCCUCCGAUGGAUGCGGGUCUACAUCAUCACCGUCAUGGACGACGACGUUGAGCCGGAGACGGCAGCUGCUUAUCCGGAGAUUGUUGCCGCCAUUGUCGAGAUUCUCAAGAAGGACUGCAUGUUCCCCGAAGACAUCAUCCAGCAGAUCUUCUACGACGUUGGCAACUCUGGUACCCCGAAGUCGGCCCUGGCGCCUGCAAACCAAUUCUGGGAUCUGUCCGACGACCAAAAGCUGCAGAAGUGGGCUGCGGAAGGCACACCGCACUGGAAACCGUGGAUGGGGAUGGUGUCCUGGCAGUACGGCCCUGGUGGAGGCGACUCAACCAGCUCCGCCACCGUCACGACGUCGACUUCAGCUGCCCAGCCGACAGGCAGCGGCGUACCUCCUGUCAUCCCCAGCCAGGCCAAAGAGCUUGUCAUCCGCUGGGAAGAGUCCAUCAUCUUCCGCCAGUCAUGGUGUGGGGAUGGCAUGGUGCCUGAAGGCCAAACCCCGGAGGACGUGGAAAUGUCGGAUGUCGCAGAUGGUUGCCAUACCCAGCGAAGGCGGCAUACUGUUCCCCUAUGUGGCGGAUGCGACGAGUGUAUGAGUCGCUUCAACCCUGGCCAAGACUCGGACAGCGAUGUCGACAUGGAUGACCCCUCCGAAAGUGAUAGCGACGAUGCCAUGCCUGACGCAGGUGGCGGCGCAACAUUCGCUCUGAGCAAACGUCAGGGUCCUGGGGCCACGCUUCCUGAAAACGCGCAAGAGAUCAUUACGAGCAUGGUCUGGUGGCCAGGCUUUUGGCCCGGCGAGGGCGGUGAGAAGGCUUGGUGGCGCAAGAUGUACAUCAUUUGCACGACUUGGGGUGCUCUUCACGGCAUCGAGCGCGACGCCGAGAACACGACGUUGGCACACUACUCGACCAGCUCCCUGGCUCUCUUCCAUUAUGACCAAGACAACACUUUGCUCGAGUAUGAAGUCCCUCGAAUGGGCGGCGUCGUGCCUGUCGCCGGUUGUCUCGCCCUGGUCGUCGCUUCACCUUCAGCCGUCUGGACUGCGCACAUCUGGGAGGUCCCGACUUUAACGCUCGGCCUCUUCAGCGACUCUGCCGACGACAUUGAGCGCUUGUUUCCCAAAGCCCAAGUGGAGUACUACAAGGAAGGUGUUGUCGAUUUCAUCUCCGACGGCGGUCGCGGGUACCAGGGUCUCGAACUCCUGACCGGGCCCGGCAUGCCCUUCAACGUCGACGAGCAAGAGUUUGUCUGGGUGGGCAUCGCGGCGCCGCGUGAUACAGACGGGUCAAAUGACAAAGAUUCGCCCCCUCAAUACCGCCCUUACAUCCGCGAUGCCAUUGAGGGUGUUAAACAGGAGAUGGAGAAGCUCGGCUUCCAGAAUGAGGACAUGAUCAACAUUAUCCCUUAUGACCGCCACACCGAUGUGUACAGCGACAAGAACAAAACCGAGCGCGUUGGAUGGGAAGGUCUCCUCUCAUGGCACUUCUCCCCCGGCGAGCAGAAUACAACGACCAAUGUCCGAACGUAUGGCACUGGUAGGGAGCUCAUCGUUCGCUUCGAGGAACGGGUCCUCAUUCAUCGCUCAUGGUGUGGCGACGGCAUCAAGCGAAAGGACAGCCCCCGCGUAGAGGUCAUUCCAGGGCCGACUUGUCCUCUGCCUGAGAGGCUAUGCGGCGGCACCUGCGAGGCAUGCGUCGAAGCGGCAGACACGUCAGAAGACCAGCCAUUCCGAGCCUGGACGCACGACUCGAUGUUUGGGUUCGAACUCGAUGACCCCAGCAAGUACCGUCCCGGUUGGCGUCAGCAGGAGGAUCUUUGGUGGGGGCUCAUGCGCGAGCACAUUGAGGCCACUGGUCCCGAGUACGGCAGGACGAACUCGAGCAAUUUGGAGCUCUGGUCGACAAGCAAAUUCUAUGACUUUGCCAUCAAUUCGGAAGGACAAGGCAACGUGCUGCCGAUGGGCGGCGGCGCACCUCCGGUCUGGGGAUGUACCAUUGUGUUGGUGGCUUCGCCUGCUGGCGUUUGGUUCGGACACUUUUGGGAGGCUCUGGCCUUUUCGAUCCCAAUUGGACCCGAAGGCGAUGCCAUCAAGGGAGCUCAGCCCGAUCGCACCAAGGAUGAAUAUUUCAAGGAAAUGGUUACAGAUUUUCUGAAAGACGGGAAUGACAAGGGCGGUACCCAGAACCCAGGUCUCGCCGAGUUUACUUCGGAGAACGGCCACUUCAACGCGGACAACAAGGAGUUUGUGUACGUCGCCAUUGUCAGCCCGCAAGCAGCCAACGCCACCAAGACUGCCAAGUAUCCGACCGAAGUCGACAGCAUCCGCACGACUCUCCGUGAUGAGCUCGGCUUGAGGGAAGAGGACAUUCACGUCCACCUCUACGAGCAACAAGUUUCGCUCUCGAGCUCCUUGUACGGGGGCUCUCUUCGUUCAUGGCACGGCCUUGUCUCGUUCCAGUACACGCCCUACGCCUAUGUCCGUGAAGAUGACACGGCUCAUUACGAGAAGCGGCUUCGCAUCAACCUCGAACGCGUUUCUCUUUUUGAGCAGGGCUGGUGCGGCACCGGCAUCAAAGAUAUUUCUCAGCGCCACAAGGCAGGAGACGACAACGGCGACAUACCCGCCGGCUGCUACUACGACCGACCUGCCGAUGGCGCACGGCCCAGCGACGAGGGUGACCGAUGCCUCCAAGAUGACGAUUGCGCCCGCACGCGCUGCGGCAAGCAAUUCGGCGCCAAAUGUACGCGUCGAAGCGCUGACGCGGGCUCGGGAUCGUGCGAAUGCGACCUGGAUGCCGUCAACAACUGCGAAAAGCAAUCCGACUGCGAGGACGUCAAGUGUGACUACGCCUGGCAGGAACCCGUGUGCGUGUUCAAAGACACCAAGUCGUCCCUCGAGAAGAAUGCGGGCCCUGGCUGCCGGUGCCUCGGGCAUACGUGCAGCAAGCACACCGACUGCGACUACGCCGAGUGCGGGGAGCGACGCACGCUCAGCUGUACCGACGGACGCUGCCACUGCAAGCACUGCGCCGAGAUUGAUUUCCAGGAAUCGGACUACUGGAACAUGCGCUGCCUCGAUGUCGAGGGGCAUAUCAUGGAGACUGAUCCCUGGGACACGGUGACGUGCCAGAGCACGGUCAACAUCAUGCUGCAGUGCUUUGGCCGGCAGCGCGGCAAGGAAGGCCCGCCGGACGCCAUCGCCGAGUGCGACUACAUCUGCUGUCCCAAGGGCAAGGUGCCGCGGUGCCUCAAGCCUGUCUGGAAUCCGAAGGACUGGACGGUUCGGGAGUGCAUGUGCACGGAGUGGGACUCGGAGCACGCGGGGCGGAUUCCUGUUGAUCCGCCCGAGGAGGCGCCAUGGAAAUGA